AGCAGCAGCAGCAGCAGCAUCCAGUCCCCAGUGCGGCGCGCUGUGUGCCCGGGGAGCCGCGGAAGCCAGGCGCGCGACUGGUCCCGGCAGGGCAGGGCUGGGCUGAGCCAGGGCUGGAGGCUGCCCCCGCCCGCCUGCCUUCCCGCCCCGGGUUAAAGACUCCCAGGUCCUGGCCAGCUAUAUAGAGAGGCCCUAGUUCAGAGCAACCAUGACAACAGCCAUCUUAGAACGCCUCAGCACGUUCUCAGUCAGCGGGCAGCAGCUCCGCCGCCUGCCCAAGCUCCUGGAGGAUGGCCUUCCCAAAAUGCCUUGCACCGUCCCAGAGACUGACGUGCCCCAGCUCUUCCGGGAGCCCUACAUCUACACCGGCUACCGCCCCACGGGCCAUGAGUGGCGUUACUAUUUCUUUAGCCUCUUUCAGAAACACAACGAGGUGGUCAAUGUCUGGACCCACUUGCUGGCAGCCCUGGCCGUGCUCCUGAGGUUCCAGGCCUUUGCCGAGGCCGAAGCCCUGCCGUGGACCUCGGCCCACUCCUUGCCCCUGCUCCUCUUCAUCUUGUCCUCCAUCACCUACCUCACCUGCAGCCUCCUGGCCCACCUGCUCCAGUCCAAAUCAGAGCUGUCGCACUACACCUUCUAUUUUGUGGAUUACGUCGGGGUGAGCGUCUACCAGUACGGCAGCGCCCUGGCACACUUCUUCUACAGCUCCGACCCGGCCUGGUACGAGCGGUUCUGGCUUUUCUUCCUGCCGGCGGCCGCCUUUUGCGGUUGGCUGUCAUGCGCCGGCUGCUGCUAUGCCAAGUACCGCUACCGGAGGCCUUACCCGGUCAUGAGGAAGAUCUGCCAGGUGGUGCCGGCGGGGCUGGCCUUCAUUCUGGACAUCAGUCCUGUGGCCCAUCGAGUGGCACUGUGCCACCUGUCUGGCUGUCAGGAGCAGGCUGCCUGGUACCACACCCUGCAGAUUUUCUUUUUUCUGGUCAGUGCCUAUUUCUUCUCCUGUCCAGUCCCAGAGAAAUAUUUCCCAGGCUCCUGUGAUAUUGUGGGUCACGGCCAUCAGAUCUUCCAUGCUUUUUUGUCCAUCUGCACGCUCUCCCAACUGGAAGCCAUCCUCCUGGAUUAUCAAGGACGGCAGGAUAUCUUUCUUCAGCGCCAUAGCCCUCUCUCUGUCUAUUUGGCCUGCCUCUCGUUCUUCCUCUUGACUGCCUGUAGCGGUAUUACUGCAGCCUUCCUAAGGCGCAAGAUCAAGGCCAGACUGACCAAGAAGGAUUCCUGAGGGUGGCAGGUUGGGGCUUGUAUGGUUUCUUGGAAAUUUGCUUGGAAAAAAAUAAUUCUAAAAAAGGUGGGGGGAGAAGAUUAAAAAAAACAUUUUUAAGAACUAUACUUUAAAUUAAAUUUUAUUUCUAAGUAUGAGCUUAUGGCUGUAACGAUUGGAAAACUUAAAAGUCUUUUCUUAUUUUAAUAAUGGGAAUACUUCUUUUCCUUCAGUCGUACAUCCUCACAUGGCACAGUAAGGGAUAGGUUCCAUCAUAACUUCGAAUCAAGGAGAACCCAGAUUGACUGGUCCUAAUUGGGCAGAAUUUCAACUCCAGACUCCUCAGGCUUACGAGUAACCUUCAGAAUGAGAGGGAUUUAAUACUGAACUGGAUAAAAUGCUGAAUGAAAUGCUGUUGGAACAUCAGCCCAGUUAUGCUGAUAUCUAAAGGGUGGGAUGAUCUCAGAACACUUUUUCAAUUGAAUUUAGAACACAAAGGGCCCAGAGAUCAGUGACCAAAACCUAUAAACACAUUGAAUUGUUUGGUUCCUCUGAUCUUUUCUUUUUCUUCCCUAGCCCUUUUCUCAGAAUGACUGUCAGCUGCUUGGGGCCAAGCCAUUCAGCCAAUUCUGAAGUGUACAGAAAAGACUGUGUAUCAGCUAUGUUUUCCCCAAGAUGGAAUCUGCAGAGACAUUCAGAAAACCAUGUGUUCUGAUAUUCAUUCAGCCUCAGUGAAAUGCUAAGAAUAUCUAGGAGGGCCUUGCUCUCCAGAAUGUAUUUUGGUGGGCACUGUUCUUUUGCAUUCCAACUUACUUUGGAGAUAUCAUAGUUGUUUUUAGGCUGGGAAACCCUAUGGGUUGAGCAGGGAAUCUGCUCUCCUCUUCAACCAGCCAGAUUCUGACUUGUGGAAGGGUGAGCUGUUUCCAUGUUUUUCUCAUUGAUUUAGAGAACACUUGGGGCCCUGUCUAGACAUUAUUUUUCCUACUUUUCCUACUUUAUCAACUCCAAGUAAAUCAUCCCAGCCCAUUGAGGGAACUUAUAAAAAUAGUCUACUGUGAAUCUCCAAGUGAGUAGUAAGUCUACUCUGACCUGGAACAAAUCAUCCAGAAUUGCUCUGAAUGUCUAAGAAAAGUCCAUAUAUAUUAUUCCUAGGUUUGGACAUAUUUGGACUUUAUUUCCCAUUAAGAACAAACUUCAACUAGAAUUGCACCAUAGAAUGGAAGAUUCCUGUGGUAUGUGUCAGGACGGGCAACACUAAUAGAGAACUUUACAUGAUCCAAACUAGCUUAGAUCUCUGGCACAGCCAUGAAAUCCUUCUUUCUUAGAAGCUACCAAUUCUCCUUUAGCCUGUAUCAGCAGUUGUCAAGCUUAAUGAUGAGUCAGUCUGUUGUCCUCUCAGAUCAGUAUUUAAAGCCCCCAUUCACUGAGAUUUAUGUUUACAAGCUCUAACUCAUCUUUUUUUUCUUGGUCAGCCUUCAAGGUCCAUUUCCAUUGGGCCCAAAAUAUUUGUUUAAAUUUUUUUUUUUUUAACUAUGAUUUCAUUGAGUCAGAGAAAUGUCCUAUUGGGAAAACUCCCUCUACUAAUAAGGAACUUAUCUAUUAUUUUUUAUUUCACUUAGAGAGUUGUCUAGUACUUAGAAGCCCAAAGUCACACAAACCAGUAUGGGUCAGGAGCAGGAUUUGAAUCUCUAGUCUUCUAGACUCAAAGCCAACCUAGUUCCUUAUUUUCUAGGCCAAGCUGACUGUUGUUUGAAUUUAGUGCCUUAUAAAUUCAAAUGUAUUCAUUGUUUUCAUAUUUGACUAGGUGGUGAUUUUCCUUUUUAAAGAUUAAGACAAUAAGGCCAAGGAGUAUUUCAUUCUCCCAACCAGCAAAUAGAGAAGAUAGGAAAAGGCUGGGUAUUGUUUUUUACAACUUUAAAAACCCCCAAAAUGUUCAAGAAAACAUUAUUACAUUUAUUAAUUGAUCAUAAGAAAUCUCAUAUUUAUGUCACCUUUCAACCAACUGGAUAUAUCAUGAUUGAACUUUAAAUUCCAGAGAAUUUAUGAAACAAGUUUUUCAUAUAUUUAACAGCUGUGAUAUUUAAUACAAAUAAAGCCAAAUAAACUGAAUAGGCUUGAGCUAAAAUUACAUUGAAAAAGUGUACAAACAUAUAGAGCAAGCCUGGUUUCAGUAUUGCCAUUUGGCCCAACAACUAGACGAUGGUGGAAGUAUUAUUGAUGAUGUCUUGAAAAACUUUAUUUUUAAAGGAAUUAGAGUGAAGAGAAUUGUCUUUUCAUUAAGUCAGUUUUUGUGAUUAACCUGUAAUUCUAUUUAAUACCAAAGAUCUUUACACUAAGACCAGAUGUUUACAAAAGGAAGCAAAGGAUUCCAAUAUUGCUGAGAUGGAAAGGAUAUUUCAGAAUAUCACUGAUCAACAUUGAGUGCAGGUACCAGGCUAAAGAUAGGAAGUAAAAGAGAUAAAUAACAUAUUAAGGGUAUAUGUACUAAACAGUGGGAAUGCAAAUACAAGCAAGCAAGACAAUCCUUGCCCUCAAGAAACUUACAUUCAAAUGGAAAGGUAAUACAUAGAGAAGAACUGAAAAGGGGAAGGAAAGCUGUACAGACUGCAGGGAAGUGGACUUCCUAAUAGGCAAGAUAAUGUGAAGGCCUCCCUAUUUGAGUUUUGUGUCUAGAACUCUAGUGAAAUUUAAUUUUCUAGUACCCAGAGGGAAAAGAGACAGGGCAGUUAAUGUGAUGGUGUAGAAAUGGUAGUAGCUUUGCUCUAGAUACAUUCAGAGUCUGCCUUGGCUACUUCCCAUAUGUUAUGACAGCUUAUUUAAGAUUUGUUCCCCCAUUCAUGUAUUUUUACCAGCCAUCUGUUUUAAAUGCUAUGAUCAUAUAACCUUUCUGGAGCCAAUUAACUCUAAAUGAUUAUCAUGAAAAGGAAAUAUAAUUAAUCCAGUCUAGAUUCAUCUCAAAGAUUUAAAGAGGACCAGAGCAGUGAACUCUUAAGAAUUAGAUUCCAAAGAGGGCAAGUUUAAAUGGACAAUAAUGCAGUUUGGGUAUUUGUCAAUACGUAUGAACAUUAAGAGCCCAAGACUGUUAAUAAAUCUUCUUAGUUCUUCCCUGAGAUAUACUUCCAUCUAGUGGUGUUCUGAAAAUCAUUUUAAGUUCCAUAUUUAACCAACUGUCUGAGAUCCUCUGUAUUAUAUAGACCCCCCCCCCCUCUUUUUUUAUCUAGAAUGAGUCUGUUAUCCCCAUGGCUUAGAACUGGGUGAUUUAAAAAAAAAAAAAAAAAGAUUAGAGAAAGAGUUAUU